AUGCCGCUGCGCUCGUUGGUCGCAUGCACCGGCGCCGUGCGCGCUGCUGUGCGGCGCGGGGGGCAGAGCCCCAGCAUGGAGGCUGCUGUGAGCAUGAGCGAGGCGCUUGGAGCACGCGAUUCGGCGGAUCCUGCCCUCCGCGCUACAUUUCUGCGGCAUACCGAGCCCGACGAGUCGGCGGUGGCGCAGCGCCUUUCGCCCGCGGCCCGCCUCGGCAGCAGCAAGGUCCAAGGCGAUGCGAUCGUUGCUAUGCCGUCCCACUUGCUGCUGCGCAUUGAAACGCUCCUGGGCGCGAGUAACAAGGGGCAGCUGCGCCGCGACGCGAGUCAUCUCGCGACGCUGCCCCGCACAAGCGACGCGUCCGGCCUCGAGCCGGGCCGCGCUCAGCAGUUUGUCCAGUCGCUCGCAAGUGCGCGUGCGGGUCCUCUGUACAUGUCAACGCAGUUUGCUGCGCGCUACGCGGUCCUCGUGCGUGUGCUCGACGAAGUGCAGCGGCGCAUCCCCAGCGCCUCGGCCGCAUGGGUCCCGGCCAAGCUAUACGACUUCUGCAUGCACGCUGGCGAGGCGCUCUGGGCGUACGACCACGUAUUUGGCGCGCCUGCACUCCGCGAGUAUGUGGCUGAGGCGCCGACGGGCGCUCUGAUCAAAACGGGCGCAGCUUUGCAAAGCGAUGCAUGCUGGCAGCAUACACGCACCUCGCUGCGUGUGCGUGGCGACGAGGCGCAUAUCGUGCGUGACCGCCCUGGAUGCGAGGAUGACGCGCCGUCCCUCGGCGUGCACGCCUUUGGCCUCGGCGCGCUCAGCAGCGAUCUCGCACGAGAGAAAGAGGUGCUCCGUCUGUGGAAGAGCGGCGCGGAUGUGCUGGUGCUCGUUGAGGAGGCGACGCCUCGCGGCUUUGCGUGUAUUGCAGCAGCGCGUGCGCAGCUGCUAGCGCUCGGACAAAAUGGCCCCUCCUGCCAUGUGGUCGCGCCCUGUCCGCACGACGGGGCGUGCCCCGUGUGGCGCCUCGAUGCACUGCUCAGCCCGACGGUGCGGCGGCCCAUUGAGGUAUGCUCACAUUCACAAAUGUACCGCGUGCCGCCAUUCAUGCGCAUGACGACGCGGCUCCUGCGUGGCGAUGCCACGACAGAGUUCUGUUACGUCGUUAUCCACCGUGCCGCCCGGCCGUCGCUGCCGGACACACAGGGUUCAUGGGCGGCGCGCGUCCCGGCUGAGCUGCAGGCGCAUGUACCAGCGACCGUGCGGCACCUCACAGAAAACGCUCGCCGCGGGAACCUCGAUACGCUGCGUGCGACACGCACUGUUGAUCCGCCUGUACCCGUGCCCGUGGAGUUGGAGCGAUGCGCCGCGGCACUCGCGGCGGCUGGCAUCGAUGAGCAUCAUGUCAUGCAGGUCGACGCGUAUGCAUGGCCACGUCUCGUGCGCCCACCGCUGAAGAAAGGCGGGCAUGUUACCAUGGACGCGUGCUGUGCGAGCCAUGACGUACGUCGCUUCACGGUGGCCAAGUCGGCCGGACGGCAGGCCUACCAAGAUGCACGCAAGGUGCGGCAUGGCGAGCUGUACGCGCAUACGGAUAAGACUGGUCGCUCUGUCGCGCUGACAGAAAGCCCUGCGCUUGAUACCCUCGCGCCUGCUGCGUCGGAGCACAAACAGCUGGGCCCCGACGCGCAGAGCUACACGCAGCAGCAUGGUCGGCUGCCGAAGCACCGAUCGACCCGCGCACCCAAGCCAAAAUCAGCCACCGUCCUCGAUGCCGCGCGCACGGAUGUGCGCAGCUCGCGCAAGCCAAGCCGCAGCGCGCUGGACCAGGCGCUCCAGGAGCAUGGCUGGUAA